AUGGGCUGUGUAUCAAUAAAAAGCAGAUUAAAGAAAAUACAUAUUGAUUUGAGGAAAAUGGCAACACAGUUAUCAAAAUAUACUAAAUAAAUUAAGGAAUUAAUUAAAGAAAUAGAAAUAUUGGAUGAUGAAGGAAGAUUUGAUGAAGCCGAUUUAAAGGAAUUAGGUAUUCAUAAAAAUAAUUAUAGAAUUAUAACAAUUAUCUAAAGAAAAAAGGACACUUUUAAAUGAGGCGAAGAGUCGAAAAAAAACUGUGGCAGCACUAGAGCAAGCAAUGAAGAACAAUAAAACUCUAAAAGAAUAGAAUAUACUAAAAGAACAAUAAAUUAAAGAACAGAAAUUAAAGAUUAAAAAUUUAAAAGGCUUGAAGGAGAAAAAUGAUACAAUAAUUAAGUAAAAGGAUGAGGAAAGGGACAUAUAAUAAAAUAUUUAAGAUUAAACUGAGGAAGAGAAUGAAGAUGAUUAUUAAGAAUAGCUAGUUGUUCGAAAAAAAGAUAGAAAACAAAUUAAAAAUCCAAAUUCUGAUUUGAAUCUAAAUAAAGAUAAAGUUUAGCGAGGAUAGGUAGCUUAUCCUCCUUUAAAUGCAGCUUAUCCUUUUGAAUAAUUGACAUUUGAUUAUUCUCAUAAUAAUCAAAGAAUUUAGCAGCCUUAAAUAAGUUAAGUUUAAUCAGUUUUAUAAAAUUGA